AUGGCCAACGAACGCGCAGUCCGCCUGACCCACUCGAUUCUCUUCACACUCAUCACCCUCGCUUCUAUCGUAGCGCUCGCCAUCUCGGCCUCGCUCGUGGCCAACUACAACAACUAUGGCUACCCACCCGUCAACACAAAUGCGUACCGGGACCGAAUCAGGAUCUGUCUGGCCGCUAGUAUCUGGACCACCUUCAUCGGUUUGGUCCUCACCGUCGGAUUCCAGGUGAUGGGCACCAAGGUCGCCUUUGGUAUCCUGACCCACCUUAUCCCCCUCAUCAUCGCCUUCAUCCUCUUCAUCAUUGGCGCUGGGUCCCUCACUGCCCUGACCAACGGGACCGACUGCGGUUCCGCCGAGGGUGGUUUCGACAGGUGCAACAUCGUCAAGGGUCUUGUCGCUAUCUCCUGGAUUGACACCAUCUUUGUCCUGCUCGCCCUCAUCUUCGUCUCGGUCCUCGCUAUCAAGGCUCGUGGCGGCUUCGGCGCUCGCAAGUCGACCCUCUACGACGCAUAA